GCAUAGAAGGCACCGUUUCCACCUGAACUGGAGGGGGACUAAUAUCCUAGCAGGAAGAUUUUCUAGUGCUGCACAGGGAGUGGGGGUUUAAACUAGAGUUGUGGAGAGAUCCGAACCAGAACGACGGAACAGAUAGUGGAGUGUUGUGGAGAAAGAUGUCGUUAAGCCUACCUACAAAGUCAGGAAUCAAAAGGUUGAGAAUGGUGGGACUAAUAUUCUGAGCCGUGAACAUUUCAAUGCAAGGGGUAUUGUAGGAAUGGUUGCUGAUCUUUAGGGCAUGGUUCAGCAUGUGGAAUUGUGAAUCAUAGUCAUUAGUGAGACUUGGUUGCAGGAGGGGCAGGACUGACAGCUCAGUGUUUCAGAGUUCAGUUGUUGUAGAUGACGACAAAGUUAGAGGAAUUAAAGGGGGAGGAGUGGAAUUACUAGUCAGGGAACACAUCACAUCAGUGUUCAGACAGGACAGACUGGAGAGCUCAUCAAGUGAGGCUUUAUAGGUAGAGCUGAUGAAGAAGCAAAGGUUAAUGGGAUUAUGUUUUCGACUACCCAACAGUUUCUGGGAUUUAGAGGGAACAUUUGCAGAGAGGCAGCAGACUAUUGCAAGAAACAUAAGGUUGUGAUAGUAGGUGGUCUAUUCUUCCAUUUUGAAGAAAUUUCCCAGUUACAGAGAUAUAAAAUAAAUUUGAGGAGAAAGGCAACCUCAUUUCUAGACUCCAAACCAUCAGUGUAUAAAAACAUCAUCUGACUCAAUAUAAUCGCUGCUCCCCAUGCAGUGGUUGUCUAUAUUGUAUUGUUGAUCAAUCUGCCUGCCUACUGAAAAACAUUAAAAGGUGACUCGAUGUCACAGAGACUUUCAAAAGUACUGGCUUGAUUUGGAAGAAAACAAUGGCCGAUUCAUCACAAUCUUUCUGAAAACUUCAAUUAUUCUAUCACGUAGAGUCUGUUUCAUCGAAGUACUCCAGAACAGAGCUGGGGUUACUGCAUCCCCCUGUGAGUCAUACUGUUUGUUCAGUGCACAUUUGCCAUUAUUCACUGAUUCCCUGACGAGGAUCCAUUCCUUGUUCCUGAUUUUGCACUGCUAUCAAGCACAUUUCAGCAUGUUGGCCACGGUGAAGCCUGGGUAUUUCUUCUAUCUCUUGUCUUUUGCAUUGCUGGUGAUUACUGCAUUUAUCACUAUCACGAACAAGACGUACCUUUUACAACACCAGUUCAUGACACCGAAACAAUGCAGCUGCAAACGCUGUGUCUCUGAAUUAGGUGUGUCGGAAUGGUUUGACAAGCGCUAUGUUUCCAACAUGAUGCCCUUCCUGACCAAAAGUAACAAAACUAUUCCCUUGGUGGCUUAUAAUUGGUGGAAGAGGCUUCAAGGUGGCGCCAAUCAACCCAAUAUCAGCACUGUAUUAGAGGAACUAUUUGAGGUGUUUCCAGGAGACAGCCUGCUCAUGGACGCCGGACCAAAAAGGUGCAGGACAUGUGCUGUGGUAGGGAAUUCUGGGAAUUUGAUAGGAUCCAAAUAUGGACCAUCGAUUGACUCUCACAAUCUUGUGAUGCGGAUGAACCAUGCAAAGACCGUUGGCUACGAGGCGGAUGUGGGUAGUAAAACCUCACAUCAAUUCAUGUAUCCUGAAAGUGCACAAAACCUAGCAGAAAAUGUUUCUUUGGUCCUGAUACCAUUUAAAAUAUUGGACUUACGGUGGCUAAUAAGUGCCUUUACCACGGGGAGGAUCACCCGAACGUAUACUCGAGUGUUGAAUAAAAUCAAGGCAGAUAGAGAUAAGGUAUUAGUUGUGAACCCACAUUUUUUUAAGUACAUUCAUAACAACUGGACUGAGAAUCACGGGAGGUACUCAUCAACAGGAAUGAUAACCCUAAUUUUUGCACUUCAUGUCUGUGAUGAGGUGGAUGUUUAUGGAUUUGGUGCCAACAAAUUGGGGCACUGGCAUCAUUACUGGGAGAAGAAUCCGGGAGCAGGUGCUUUCCGAAUAACGAAAAUUCAUGAUGGAGAUUUUGAAGCCAAUGUCAUCCAGACACUUGCCAAUAUUAGCAAAAUACAGUUUUUCAAAGGUGCUUAAGCCUGCAAGAAUGUGAUUCAUGUCCAGGCAAAUGCAUAUUGUAACUGUCUGUAUUCAUUGAGGUGAUGGAAAUGGGAACACUAUCUUAAACUCAGGCAAAUAGAAAGAAAAACUAUUCUGUACCAUAAUGUGCUUUAACUUUAAACUUAAAAGGGCAUUCUUACUGUGAGAUUUUGGUGUUCUUCUGAUUUUUAGAUUUCCUCUAUCAUUUUGAUUCUAUCGAUUGUAAUUCUCAAUACCAGCCUAGUAAGAUAAUUUCAUAUUGUGUAGCCAGCAACUCAGUUAGCAUCAUCUCAACUCUUCGCAUUCACCCUGAGCUUUGGUGAAGAAAGAUUGCCAACCUGGCAUGAAUUUUAGUUGCAAGUCUAGAAAGAUUCAAGAUUCAUUGGGGUCCUGCGCAUGGUUAUCUGGUUUUCUGGACAGAAUAAUUGAUUUAAACGUUUCAAAAGGCAGGAGAAAAACUCUCCUCUUGGUUUAGUGCCUUAGCAGCUCAAAAGUUGACUUGGCAACAUGUGCACAAAGGCAUCUGGGACUUCAACAUGAUUCUUACCAUCCAGAUUUGCAGUUGGGUGAGAUUACCCAGAAUCACAUAUUAGCAUCCUGGAAUCAUAUCCUAGGUUGUCCUCAAUUCUAUAACAUUUAGGAGAAUAGUGAAGAUCAGAGAGUAAGUACAAGGAAGUAAAAAACAUGGACACAGUCCUGUCGUGCAACUGCACUAUGUCUAUAUGUUUAUAAAAAGGCUACUUCUUAACUGUGAUUAAGAAUUGUCAGUUAAGCUUUUUCUUCCAUUCUUGCUAUGAAUUACUCAGACAACUUACUUUCAAGACUUUUGAGAUCUUGUGCAUUGAGGUGUUUAUAAGGAAGACUUCCCAUUCUGAUCUCAGCGUGAAGAAGUAUUCCUGUGCUGACUUACGACAGCUGCAAAGGAUACUCUUGAAGUUGUAAAGUGAAGGUUAAAUCAAAAGAAUAUUGUUAUUCUUCAAAACAACUUGCCUUACGUUCCCUAUUAAAGGUUAGCUGAGCAUUUAAGCAAAUGCAUCCUGUGGAAAAGGUAUUACAUCAGAAUUCAACUUCCUCCAUAAAAACUUCUGCCAAUAGUUUGAUUUUCUCCGUUGAAGUAAUAGCACAAAAUAUUUAUGAAGACAAGUCAGGACUUUGAUAGAACUGUAAUGUUCACAGGAGAACAUCCACCACAGAAAGAAUAAAAAUUACUUUAUGGACAGAAACAGGACUUUAAAAAAGAACAAGUGUUAAUGUUUCAUAUGUUAACAGACAAAUGGCCUUAAAAGGGUGGUAGAAGGAACUGAAUUUACUAGUCCAGUGAAGCUAAAUGCAUUUGAGGCAAAGAAAGGAUCUACUGUGCAUCUAAUCACAAACAAGAGAAAAUCUGCAGAUACUGGAAAUCCAAGCAACACACUAGAGGAACUCAGAAGGCCAGGCAGUAUCUAUAGAAAAAAGUACAGUUGAUGUUUCAGGCCAAGACCCUUCAGCAGGACUGGAAAAAAAAUGAGGAGUAGGAUUAAAAGAUGGGGGAGGGGAGAGACAAACACAAGGAACCUCCCUCUGGUGCUCCUCCCCCCUUUUCUUUCUUCCAUGGCCUUCUGUCUCUUCAAUCAGAUUGCUCCUUCUCCAACCCUGGAUCUCUUUCACCAAUCAACCUCCCUGCUCUUUACAUCAUCCCUCUCCCUUCAGCUUUUACCUGUCACCUUAUGUUUGUCUCUUCCUCCACCUUUUACACAUCAAGAGAGUUCAUAUUGAAAUAAGGUCUACUCUCAUAGAAACCUACUCAGAUUCACACAGACCCGUUGGGUCUUCAGAGUUAAUUCCCUGAAUUAACCUUUAAAAGCCUAGAGAUGAAGAAGUCGCUAACUAAACUUAACCAUUUUUCAGUGGAGGGGUAUUGUCACUAAUUUAGAUUCCAGGUAAAUUCUGACUUCACUGGUGAACAAGUAAUUUUCUAUCAAACAUAUUGUUGAGAGCCAACUUGACUUCUGUGGGUCCGUGAAUUAUUCUCAGAAUCAAAGGCUUUUACGGAAUUAUUUUUUAGUUUAAACUUAAUAAUGGAUGGAAUGAAAAGUAGGGUCCAGUUUUUGAAGUUGAGGUGAUAGGGGUGUAAUAAUUCUGAAUUCUCUUGAAUUUUGUAUUCUAUUGUAUAUUGUUUACUAUUUAGGAUUCAAGACACAAACCUAUAUUAGUAAUAUUUUAGCAUUACAAUAAGUUUAAUAUAUAAUCUAUUUAAUUAUCUCUAAUUAUUCAUCGCCCACUUUGGUGUUACUUUUUUGAAUAAUAAUAUGGGAAAUUACUUCAUAAAUUAGUUUAAAAUCAAAGUAAUUAUAUUGUGCAGAGAAGUCCAUUUGUAAAUGAAUCAUAUAGAACAGGGCUGUUCCAGCCCUUGUCCAAUUUUGAAAUGAUGAUAAUAUCAUUCAUGUGAAACGUGAUAAUACUGCCCUGUCAGGUGUCUGGUUUUGAUUAAUGUCCAGAAAGACUUCAUUGCAAGCUGUUGAAUUGAGAAUCAGUUAUAUACAACUAGGUAGAAAACAAAGAAUUCUACCAGCUUGUUGUAACUCUAUGACACUACUCUCUGGCUGUAACAAUACAGAAUGAGACCCUGGAAAAUAUUGACUGUGUCUCU